AUGGAGUUUCUCCGGACUACUACAAAUGCAUGCUGUUUACCUUCUCUCUAUGUGACAAGGCACUUAUAUGGGGACUUCCCUAACCAUGGCUUCUCAGACGGUAACCUUUGGAACAUCUUUUACAAUGGGAUCAAUGGGAUCGAUCAUAAGUACAAGCUUUCACUUGAUACCGCGAGCGAUGGGAACUUCAUGACCAAGUCGGUUCCGGAAGCUAAGCUCUUAAUCGAGAAUCUUGAUUUGAGUGAUGCCAAUGCCUGUCCUGAAUACAAUAGAAAUGUGAUUACCACAAGCUCAUCAUCGGAGUCAGCUCAAAUCUCGGAGCUAAAGAACAUGAUCUCACAACUACUAAAGAUCCGACAAGGAGUCCAUGCCAUUGAAGACGCCUUGGCCACUAAUGAAAACCCUCUCCUCGAGUUUAUAGGAGAUGGAGCAGAAGAUAAUAAAGAGGAAGUGAACUACAUUGCUGGAAACUUUGGGAAUAGAGGAUACAACCAACCGUUCCGCACACAUCCAAAUAUACCCUUCCAGAGCACUAAUGUGGAGAAUCCUAAUGAUCAAGUGUAUCCCGGAUAA